UGAUCACAGCAGCUCCAUGGAGGAGGAGACAUGGAUGUGCCGCCAAUAAACCUGGAGAAGAAGAAGAAGAAGCUUGGAGGACCAGGGCAGUGGAUUUAAGGACGCUUGGAACCAGAACCAGAACCAGGUGUCCUCUAGGGGAGUCCUCUGAUCAUGGCUCUGAUCUCUCUGGAGGACCUGGACGGCCUGGACGGCCUGGAAGACGAGCAGCUGGACGAUGACAUCACCGACGAGCCCGAGCCAAUGACUGACGAGGAAAGAGACCGCCUGCUCACGCACUGGAGGGGCGUGGCCAGCACCCACCAGGUGUCUGUUCCUUCAGAAAUGACCGGGCCCAUCCAGGAAAUGACCCACCGCAGCCAGCAGAGGGAGCCGCUCCCCUUCACCCCCAUCUCCUGCCACGAGAAGAUGGGGGAGGUUCUGUUCGAGGAGCGGCUCUACCCGGCCGGCCACUGGGCCUGCGUGACCCGGAGGGAGGAUCUGUACGAGCAGAGCAUCUCCAUGAGCUUCAUGAAGCUGAUGAGGUUCAUCUGCAAGGAGAACUCUGCUGGUCGAUACCUGGGCAUGACGGUCCCGGUGAUCAGCAGCAUCCAGGUGAUGGAGGACGGGAACAGGUUUGAGAAAGCCGUGGAGACGGCGUUCUUCCUCCCCAGCGAGUUCCAGAGCCGCCCCCCCCAGCCCUCGGAUCCGGACGUCUCCGUCGUCCACCGGCAGCCCGUCAGGGUGGUGGCCAGGGGCUUCUCCGGGACGACCACGGAGGAGACGGUGGGCCGGCAGGUCCGCCUGCUGUGGGAGGUUCUGGGUCCCAGCGAGCAGCUGCACACGGACCGCUACAUGGUGGCCGUGUACGACAACCCUGGAGCCCCGACCCGCCGCAACGAGAUCUGGUUCCUCCGACGAGACCCGUAGGCCCUGCUGUCCGGACCAGAGCUGGGGCCGGGGACAGUUCUCCCGCUGCUCAGGAAGUCUCUUCUGAUUGGAGGAGGGUGGAGGAGCUGGUGAUGUCCCUUCCUGUACCAUGUAUUUGUCGUAGUACUAUGCAGUCUGUGGUUUCCAUGUGGGGGUGACAGGAGGCGGGGCCUCGUGAUUGAUGUCUCAGCAAAACCGCUUCAGCUUUCCACUUUGUUCUGCGUUCUUGUGUGAAAGUCCUGAAAUAAAGAUUUUACCUGGAAAAAACUAAAAGCCCUCC